AAAAACUCUUCCUACAAAUCCCAGCAAUAAAUAAUAAUAAUAAUAAUUCAUAAUACCAAAACGCAGAAAAAACUAAAAGAAUUUUGAAAUUUCAUAAUAUAAAAAAAACUGAAAAGAAAUAUACAACAAAUUAUAAACAAAAUGGAAUAAAACAAAUGUCUUUGAAUCCUUUUUCAAAAUUUGAUCGUAUUUUAUUAAAUUUUUUUUUUUUUUUAAAUCCUUUUAAAAUACAGAGUUAAGCGGUUUAUCGAUGAGACUACUGGCAUGUAUGUUGCUCCUGAUGUUGCUGCAACUUUGCAGCGCUUAUAAUUAUUGCCACAACUCGACGCAUCUCUGUGAUUUGGUUGGUGAGAAGCACUUUAUCUGCGAGAAGCACCAACCGUAUUUAAACAAGACCAAGUAUGUGGGCACCAUUCCGGAUACGCUGCGUCUGCGUAAGAUUAUCCUCUCGUAUUACAAUAAAUAUCGCAAUGAAGUCGCUAGUGGCACUCUGACUACGUUGUACAAUAAGACCUUUCCGCCGGCUUGUCGCAUGCGUGAAUUGAUCUGGGAUGUGGAACUCGCUUACACGGCGCGAAUACACGCCGAAACGGUGUCUUUUAAGCACUCGCUGUGUCGAUCUGUUUUGCGUUUUCCUUAUGCCGGCGAGUGCAUUGGGAUCGUGCGGCCAAUUUCAAAGCGUAGAAGCAUUAAAAAUAUUAUGGAUAGAACAAUCAGGUUUAUGUUUGAGACAUAUUUCAGGGUCGAGGAUCCGGAGCAGCUAAUUAGCUUUUUUCGCGUGCCACAAGACUUGCAUUUGAGCCGUUUUACAAUUCUUAUCAGCGAUCGCGUUUCUCGCGUGGGUUGCGCCAUUGUGGUUGCCACUGAUUGCAUGCUCAACUAUAAAUACGGGUAUUGCUAUCUUAUAACCUGUCACUUCGAUUUUAUUAUGGUGUCUAGAUCUUUUACUUAUAAGCCGGGAGAGCCAACCAGCAACUGUUCGGACUGGGAGUCAAGACCCAGCAAUUCCUUCAGAAAUCUUUGUCGCAACACCGGCAAAAUAUUUCCCGUAGAACGCAAAUGACAACUGAAUCUCAAACAAUUUUACAUUUUAUGAACAUUUUUAAGUUUUUAAUAAAAAAUAAUUUUUCAGUUUUUUAA